GCCUUAGGUAGUCUUUAUUGUUACUGAAGGUGGGCCUUAUCAGCCACGAUGAUCACUCUCCCCUGUGCUAUCCUAUUUAGGUUCGCUUUCCGCCAGUAGACAUCGAAAAGAUAUAAGGCGCCGUAUAUUUCUGAGAGAUGUCGGAAUUCCCCUCAUUUCCAGUUACCCUUAGGUUGCUGUACUAUCCCACUUUCUUUUCAUUUACCAAAAUCUCCUUCCCUACUCGUCAGGAAUGGCCAUCUUCCUAUACAAAUUCAUUCGGGGAAAGAUAAGAGAACGUGAAGCCCAGAAGAAAGCCGUCCCAACCACAGAUGAACUCCAUCUAGUACCACAGUAUGCUCCAGGACAAGGACGUCGGGGGCCCAACGAGCACGACCAUCAACCCAGAAAUUCAGAGCUCACCACGUCAACGCAGACUCAUGAAGACUCUCGCACUACCGAGGAGGCAGCACAGGACAAAUCCAAAGCUCGGGAAAAGACCAUUCGUCAGUGGAAGCUCGUUCUUGGAUUAGCACUGGCCAACUUCCUGGCUGCUAUUGAUGUUACCAUCGUCGCUCCUGCUAUACCAGAGAUUUCAUCGCAUUUCAAUCGACUGUCGGGUAGCUUCAAUUGGAUCGUUGCUGCAUAUACUCUGACCUUCACGGCCUUUGUACCAGCUUCCAGCCAACUCGCCGAUAUCUUUGGCCGGCACUUUGCUCUCCAAUUCGAAUUGUUCUGGAUCAUGAUCGGUAGUGUCCUGUGUGCGGCCGCUCAGAGCUGGGGCAUGUUGCUCCUGGGAAGAGCACUUCAAGGCUUGGGUGCUGCAGGCAUUAUGAGCUUAAGUCGCAUCAUUAUGUCGGACGGAUUGACGCUUGCAGAAAGCUCGAGGAACAACUCGCUGCUUUCCCUCGUCAGUGGUCUCAGUUACUCCGUUGGCCCCGUCGUCGGUGGUUACCUUGCAGAUGCCGGCUGGCGCUACCUCUUCGUCCUCCCGGCUGGUAUCGCCGUCCUGGCAAUGAUUUACAUCUUCUUUCUGAUGCGCAAAGAGCUUGCUCAAGGCCGCGUUGCCGUUGAAGCAGUCGAGUCGCGACGCCUAGGCUAUGUCAGAGGUCUGACUAUUAUUGAUUGGCCAGGCAUAGUCAUGUUCAUCCUUGGUAUUGGAUGCCUCAUCCUUGCAAUACAAUGGGGCGGUACGCAAUAUGCCUGGAGCUCCGCACCCGUCGUUGCUCCUUUGGUUGUAGCAGCAGUGCUGUGCAUUGCGUUCUUUGGAUACGAAUACCUCCUUGGACCCGGCCGCGCUGUUGCGAGACUGUUUCCAAGGCAAGUUCCUAUGAUUCCUUCAACACUAUUCCGGAAGAAGGACACAUCACUUCUCAUGGUCAUCAACUUCUCCGCCGGUAUCUCGCUCGUCUCAGCCUUUUACUUCAUCUCAUAUUACUGGCAGCUCGCGGAAGGUUACUCUCCCAGCAAAGCCGGUAUUCAAUUACUCUAUUACACACCUGGUCUUGGUAUAGGUGUGUACACAGCAAUGAUUCUGUGCAACGUCUGGCCGCGCCAGACUUUCCCCCCCUUAUUCUAUGGAUCCAUUGUCGAAGCCGUCGGUCUCGCACUACUCGCAUACUCUAUCUCAAUCCGCCACCAGACCAUGGUCAAAGUAUUCCUCGCCGUUGCUGGUGCUGGAACGGGUCUGCGCUUCAUGCCAGUUGUGCUACAUGCAGCGGGUACUUGGUCGACGCGCAUUCCGGCUAUGCAAGGCUUGCUAUCCUUCAUGCUCCCGCUAGGCGAGACUAUUGCCAUCUCGAUGAUGGGAUCCGUCUUCUCGAACAAACUAAAUACUUUCCUAUCCCGUAUCCAUGAUCCAGCAAACGGCGUCUCGCUUCCUUCUUCCGGACCGCCGAGUCUCGAUCUCCUCAACAAUCUCCCACCAGCCGCCAAGACAGCAGUUCAACAAGCCGCAGCCAGGGCUGUUAUGUGGUCACUGAUCUCCGUCUUGCCCUUUGUUGGCUUGUCAGUCAUUGCCUCGGCCUUCCUAGGCAAUAUCUGGAUUGGCAGGGGUGCGAAGAAGGCUAAGAAUGGUAAGCCAGCCCAACAAGAGGAAAGGGGGAAGGUGAUGUACUCGUCAUAUCUGCUCGCGCUUUUCACUGGUAGUAUCAAAGCACAUAAGCAGGAUUUGGACGUCAAUUCAGGACACGAAGAAGCGGAAGCGAUGGUGCAGGACGCUGAGACCAAGGGUGUGACAUCGCCGGAGAGUGCGCAUGUAACGGCUGACAGGCGAGUGUAACACCCGAUCAGUAUGUGAGUUGUAGACUGGUGCUUUUGUUUUAAGAAGACUUUCGUUGUACUACUAGAAAUACCCUUCGCGUUGUUGAGAAAAUGCAAUUAGAUAGACGAAACAAUCCCGAAUCUUAAGUUUUUAGAUCUUAAUACAUUCAACCCUCU